AUGGGUGCGAAUAUUUUAGUUACUGGUGCAUGUGGCUAUAUUGGAGGAUCUAUCGUCGCUGAUUUUGCACGCCACAAGGGCGGUCUCCUUGAGACGGCCAGAAUACAUGCUGCUGUUCGGUCAGACACGCAAGCUGAGAGUUUGUCGACAUUAGAUGUCACUGUCGUCAAAAUUGAUCUGAGUAAUCCAUAUGCUUUGGCUGGAUAUAUGAUUCGUAAUGACGUUAGCAUUGUCAUCCAUACUGCAACCUCAAUAGACCCAGAAGUUGCGCAAAACUUAAUAACAGCGCUGAAGAAGCGUCGCGAGGCUAAUGGGAAAAAAGCAUUCUUCGUUCAUACUUCGGGGCUAUCAGCUUUUGACGAUAACAAUGGUUGGCCGUUUGGACUAGUACGAGAUAUUGACCCGGUCUAUUUCCUUGAAAAGCAGUGUACGGACUCGUACAUUGUCAGGCAGGUCGACGUCCUGGUCGCCGAACAAACACAAGCAGCCGGAUUGACUGGGUUGAUAGUCAUGCCUCCAACGCUCCAUGGACGAGGCAGCGGAACCUGGAAUCGACUAUCACCACAAAUCCCCGCCCUCGUCAAAGCCGCAAUCAAGAAUAGACAAGUAUACAGAUUUGAAAAAGACAGAAUAUACUCAUCUCCGUCACAGGAAGUCGUCUUAACACACAUCUCGGACCUGACCACCUUCUACGCCCAAUUAACCGAAGCAAUCCUCCAAAAACGAGCACUCCCUGCCGGUAUGUCCGGGUAUUAUUUCACUGUCUCUCACUCCGUCCGGUGGUGGGAUAUUCUCGAUCGUUUAGCUGAAGCAAUGCAUGCACGCGGACUCGUCGAUGGGCCAACCACAAGAGUAUGGCCAAGUGAUUCAUUCGCGGCAGAGGCCCUCGGAGUUCCGGUGAAAUUUGCGCGUAGCAUAUGGGAUUCAAGUCCGAAGGUCGUUUGCUUGAACAAAGACCUGAUCGGUUGGAAGCCUGUCUGGAAUAGGGAGCGGUUACUGCAGAGUAUUGAUCAGGAGAUUGAUGACUAUUUGGAGUUGGGAAUGCCCAAAAGUAGUCUCCUGGAUUCUCUGAGGACUCAACCUCAACUAUCCGUGGGGAGGAUUGCGUAUGCGAACUUUCCCGAUGCACGCUCUACUGAGUCGUCGGUGUUCUGGGUGAUUUUCAUUAUGCAAAUUGGGUCAGGAAACACGCAGAACAAUGUCGCAGCGCAGACAGGUCUCAAGGAGGGCAAGAAAGAAGACGAGAGAGUGUCGAUGCAACAUAACACAUUAAAAUAA